AUGCCAAUUACCAUCCGAAGAGCCACCAUAGAAGACAUGCUGUGCAUGCAAAACGCUAACCUGCACAACCUGCCGGAAAACUAUCUAUUCAAGUACUACAUGUACCACGUACUCUCGUGGCCCGAAGCUUCGUUUGUGGCCACAACCACAGACGACGUGGGAUUCGGCGAGUUCGAUGAGCUGGCAGCAGGCGCCAAUGCGUCCCGCUGCAAAUGCGACCCUUGCUAUGUGCGUCCAGGCGAAAAGCUCGUUGGCUACGUGCUGGCCAAGAUGAACGACGAUCCUGCAGCUGCACAAAGCCAGGACGCGCUGAACGGCCAUAUCACCUCUCUCAGCGUCAUGCGUACUUACCGUCGCAUGGGGCUUGCCGAGAAACUGAUGCGCCAGGCGCUGUUUGCGCUUUCCGAAGUGUACAAGGCCAACUUCGUAUCGCUUCACGUAAGAAACUCCAACCGCGCUGCGCUUCACCUGUACCGCGACACGCUGGAGUUCGAGGUCCUAGACGUUGAAAAGAGCUACUACCUUGACGGUGAGGACGCCUAUGCCAUGAAAAAGGUGCUCGACACAGAUGAACUGCAGCCGGCCAAUUUCCAGCGCGGCGUAGCUCAAGACGAUCUCGAGACCGACUUGUUGCAAGAGAAUCCUGAGCUUCUGCAGGAGGGCAUACAGAAAAACAAGGUUUAA